AUGAACACCGAGAUAUCCAAAGAUGGAGGGACGUCAGAAGUCCGUGUGAAGAAAGAGGAGACGCUGGAGCUGAAUAUCUCCAACCAUGGAGACGACCUUGACAACCCACCUGAAUGUCUUUCCAUUAACAUGGAAGAUCAUGACAAUAAAGACCACCUCUACUGUGAAGUUUGCAAAUCCUUCUUCUUCAACAAAUGUGAGGUUCAUGGACUGCCCCUCUUCAUCUCAGAUACUCCUGUUCCCAUGGGAGUCUCUGACCGAGCCAGACAAACUCUUCCUCCUGGGCUAGAAAUCAAGAAGUCCAGUAUUCCUGACGCAGGCCUGGGAGUGUUUAAUAAGGGGGAGACGAUUCCAGUAGGUGCACACUUUGGACCCUACCAGGGAGAGCUGGUAAACCGAGAGGAAGCCAGGAAAAGUGGAGACUCCUGGGUUAUAUACAGGAGCAUGCAGUGUGAAAAAUACAUCGACACCAAAAGAGAGAUGCAUGUGAAUUGGAUGAGGUAUGUGAAUUGUGCCCAUAAUAAUAAAGAACAGAAUCUUGUGGCAUUUCAGUAUCGAGGGGGAAUUCUGUAUCGUUGCUGUCGACCCAUUAACCCAGGACAGGAGCUCUUGGUGUGGUAUGAAGAGGAGGGCACCAAAGAACUCAGUCCUGCACCUACAGGAACAACCAGACAGAAAGAAGUAAAGAACACUUUGCUGCAAGUCUUUUCCUGCUCCACAUGUCCUCGUUCCUGUGCAUCUCAAAUUUACCUUGACCAGCGCAUCCAGAGAUACCACGAUGAAGAGUCUGUGAGACUUCAGGAAUCAAGAGAGAUUAAAUAUGAACUUCAAAUCCCCUCCAAAUGCUCCAGUAGUCAGCCAACAUCAACUGAUGCUUUCGGUUCUGACACUUCUCAUAAUGAUGUAGAGAAGGAAAUUCACCACAGCUCAGACUGUGGAAAAAGUUUUGGUCAUCAGAAUGCACUCAAAUGGAACCAGUGCAGUCACAAAAGAGUAAAGCCACGUGACUGCUCACAGUGUGGGAAGAGUUUUACUGAGCAGACUGCUCUCCAACGACACCAGCACAUUAACACAGGAGAGAAGCCGUAUCACUGCUCACAGUGUGGGAAGAGUUUUACUCGUAAGAGUCAUCUCCAACAACACCAGCGCAUUCACACAGGAGAGAAGCUAUAUCACUGCUCACAGUGUGGGAAGAGUUUUACUCAUCAGAGUGCUCUCCAAACACACCAGAGCAUUCACACAGGAGAGAAGCCGUAUCACUGCUCACAGUGUGGGAAGAGUUUUACUCGUAAGAGUCAUCUCCAACAACACCAGCGCAUUCACACAGGAGAGAAGCCGUAUCACUGCUCACAGUGUGGGAAGAGUUUUACUCAUCAGAGUGCUCUCCAAACACACCAGAGCAUUCACACAGGAGAGAAGCCGUAUCACUGCUCACAGUGUGGAAAGAGUUUUACUCAGCAGAGUCAUCUCCAAAUACACCAGCGCAUUCACACAGGAGAGAAGCCGUAUCACUGCUCACAGUGUGGGAAGAGUUUUACUCAGCAGAGUACUCUCCAAAUACACCAGCGCAUUCACACAGGAGAGAAGCCGUAUCGCUGCUCACAGUGUGGGAAGAGUUUUACUCAUCAGAGUACUCUCCAAACACACCAGAGCAUUCACACAGGAGAGAAGCCGUAUCACUGCUCACAGUGUGGGAAGAGUUUUACUCAUCAGAGAGAUCUCCAACGACACCAACACAUUCACACAGGAGAGAAGCCGUAUCACUGCUCACAGUGUGGGAAGAGUUUUACUCGUCAGAGUCAUCUCCAACGACACCAACGCAUUCACACAGGAGAGAAGCCGUAUCACUGCUCACAGUGUGGGAAGAGUUUUACUCAUCAGAGUGCUCUCCAAACACACCAGAGCAUUCACACAGGAGAGAAGCCAUAUCACUGCUCACAGUGUGGAAAGAGUUUUACUCAUCAGAGUCAUCUCCAAAUACACCAGCGCAUUCACACAGGAGAGAAGCCGUAUCACUGCUCACAGUGUGGGAAGAGUUUUACUCAGCAGAGUACUCUCCAAAUACACCAGCGCAUUCACACAGGAGAGAAGCCGUAUCGCUGCUCACAGUGUGGGAAGAGUUUUACUCAUCAGAGUACUCUCCAAACACACCAGAGCAUUCACACAGGAGAGAAGCCGUAUCACUGCUCACAGUGUGGGAGGAGUUUUACUCAUCAGAGAGAUCUCCAACGACACCAACGCAUUCACACAGGAGAGAAGCCGUAUCACUGCUCACAGUGUGGGAAGAGUUUUACUCGUCAGAGUCAUCUCCAACGACACCAACGCAUUCACACAGGAGAGAAGCCGUAUCACUGCUCACAGUGUGGGAAGAGUUUUACUCGUCAGAGUCAUCUCCAACGACACCAGCGCAUUCACACAGGAGAGAAGCCGUAUCACUGCUCACAGUGUGGAAAGAGUUUUACUUGUCAGAGUGAUCUCCAAAAACACCAGAGCAUUCACACAGGAGAGAAGCCAUAUCACUGCUCACAGUGUGAGAAGAGUUUUACUCAUCAGAGUGCUCUCCAAACACACCAGCGCAUUCACACAGGAGUGAAGCCGUAUCACUGCUCACAGUGUGGGAAGAGUUUUACUCAGCAGAGUCAUCUCCAACAACACCAGCGCAUUCACACAGGAGAGAAGCCGUAUCACUGCUCACAGUGUGGGAAGAGUUUUACUCAUCAGAGUGCUCUCCAACUACACCAGCGCAUUCACACAGGAGAGAAGCUGUAUCACUGCUCACAGUGUGGGAAGAGUUUUACUCAGCAGAGUGCUCUCCAAACACACCAGCGCAUUCACACAGGAGUGAAGCCGUAUCACUGCUCACAGUGUGGGAAGAGUUUUACUCAGCAGAGUGCUCUCCAACAACACCAGCGCAUUCACACAGGAGAGAAGCCGUAUCACUGCUCACAGUGUGGGAAGAGUUUUACUUAUUCAGGUACAUUUAAAACCCACAAGUGCAAUAACUCCGAGACAUUGCAUGCUUUAAAGUUGUCAAAUUAAAUGGUUUUUAUUCAUGCUUUUGCUGAAAAUGUCCUGUACUUUGAUCCUAAUUGUUCAUAUUAA